AUGGAUAUACAAGGAUAUCUUCCUGCAAAAGAGGAGCGUUCUGGCCUUCAUUAUGCAGAUCGCUCUAAUGACCGCAUGAAUAUGCCAUCAACCUCAGACUACAAACCAAACUUCACUGCAAGUUCAAGCACAUCCAGCAUCCCAAAGAUAUUGCCAACAUUGGUUGAAGAAGACGAUGGUGCUAGCAACGAAGAUGCCGCUACAUUUACUUACCCCAUUGCCACUAUGGUCACCCCGGCUCAAGAGGAUGCUAACAUGGCAUCUUCCUCUUCCUCCUCGUCUCAAGAUCCCGUUGAUCGUGAAAGCUUAAAUCCUGCUCUAUUACUCAACAGAUACGAUAAACGCAAGAGUAGUCCAGCUAUCUUAGGCUUACCAUUUGGGUUAAAUCAUGAAGCUCAACUGAGUUUACAUCUAUCACAACAAAGAAAUUCUAUUGAAGCAGCCAUGUUAUUAGCUAAUUUUAACAAACUAAUGGCAUUUCCAAAAGCAAAUGAACUCGAGCAUAAAGUCCAUCCUCAACAACAACAAUGGCAAGAUGAUAUGUCAAUCCCAUCACAAAACAAAAGCGCUUGGGGCGAUGUCUUGAUCAAUGAAGCAGAAUCGAACCGUCGUCAUUCAUAUGAUGUUAAUAUGAGCUGGCAAACAAUGCCUGAGGCGUUCUUGGAAAGACCUGACCUCUUACACAAAGCAGCAAGCACCAGUACAUCAGUGAAUGCCCCCGCCUCCUCUUCCUCUUCGUCUCUGAACACUGCUCAUUCUGAUGCGCCUGUCUUCAAGCAAGAAAACCUUUACAGUCAUCACACUCCAACUAAAGUUUCUUGGAGUCACGAUGAUUUACAUCAAUUACAAUCACAACAUCCCCAUCAUCAACAGCAAUCACAGCAUCCUUACAGCUCUGUAGAGUACUCAAAUCAUCCCAUUUCUCCUCGUCAACAUGGUAGGCUCUAUCAUCCUACUAUGAGCUCUCCCCUUGUUCCUCAUACCUAUCAACACCGCUACCCCCCUCCCCAUCCUCAACAACAGCAACAACAGCCACCGCAACAAGCUGAUCAACAUCAUCAUCAUCCUGGUGGAGUUUCAAUGUUACAUCCUCUUGCGCGUCAGCCUGAUUUAUCUAGCAAUGUUGGUGUGAAGCGUGAAUUAGACUCACAGCAACCACAACCACAACCACAGCACUCUUACUAUUCCUAUACUUUCCCGCCUCAGCACCCUAUGCAGCAGCGCUAUUACUAUCCUAAUAAUGGAAAAUUACCACUACCAACUCAUCCAGCAAUGGAAUCUCAGCAAGGUCAGCAUCCACAUCAGCAGCAGCAACAACACGCUUCUCCCAUCAUAUCUAAACCGAAGCGCAAGAAGCAAAAAUCUUCCAAUUCUGAUGACUUUGAUGAAGAACUUGAACAAGAAACGAAUGAGGAAGACUAUCCUGAUAUGUCAGCUCGAGAUGUCGAAGCAGCAAGGACUGAUCCAGAAGCCAGACCUCGCAAACAGAAACUUCGCUUUGCUGGUGACAAGUAUACGCCAGCCUGGGUUAGAUAUAACGGUCAGUCAAAGGAGGGUUUAUGUGACACAUGUAAGCCCGGUAAAUGGUUACAGCUCAAAAACAGUGCAUAUUGGUAUCAUAAACAAUUCUUCCAUGGUAUCUCUUCUGUCUCUGGUAAAGAAUUCGUUCAGCCAUUAGAAACACGCUGGGUUGAUCAAGAUUUGGUUGAAGGGUUAUGCCAUCAGUGCCAUACAUGGGUUGCUGUGAGCAAUGUUAAAAGAAAGAAUAGCGUACUUUGGUAUCGACAUGCCCACAAGUGUCACGUUUAUCACAAACCAAAACCAAAUGUACCAAAGAAAAGAUAA